AACUUCCAUGAGGUAGCGUACUUUGCUGAUGAUCGACAGGACCUGCUUAAUGGCAUCAACGAGUUCUUAGACUGCAGUAUUGUUAUUCCACCCUCAGACGUUGAGGGAAAAGACCUGCUGAAGACCGUGGCCUCCUUCCAGAAACAGAUGCUACGUAAGCGCAAGGAGAGGGAGCUCAAGAAAUGCGGCAGUAUUGUGACAGGAGCUGAGCAGGAGACCAAAGAUGUAAGUACGGAUGAACAGGAGGAGGAGGAUCAGUUUGAUGUUGAUCCUCUCAAGCGCUCUGGUAUUCCCUUUGGAGGUCUGAUUCACGAUAUUCGCCGCCGUUAUCCACGCUACAUAAGCGACCUGAAGGAUGCCAUGGACACACAAUGUAUUGCUGCUGUCAUUUUCAUUUAUUUUGCUGCUCUUUCGCCCACUAUCACCUUUGGAGGUUUAUUAGGUGAGAAGACACAAGGCAUGAUGGGAGUCUCUGAGCUCAUCAUCUCCACGGCGACAGUGGGAGUGCUGUUCUCCCUGCUAGCAGGACAGCCUUUGCUCAUCAUUGGCUUCUCUGGACCACUUUUGGUCUUUGAGGAGGCUUUUUAUAAGUUCUGCCAGGCGCAGGGCUUCGAAUAUCUCACA